GCCCUUUCCCCUCUGACCCUGGACCCAGAGAGGUGGUGAGAUCUGUUAUUGUGACCUCAGACCCCAACGCAAACUCGCACGCCCAGUCGUUCCGCAAACGCCGCAGCUCUGGCCCCUUAGAUGAAGAAGAAGCUGGGGAAUUAAGGAAACAGCUUCACUGUGCGGGUGGGCUGGCAGAGGAGGUGGAUGACAAAGUUCUUCAUGCUGCUUUUAUUCCUUUUGGAGACAUCACAGAUAUUCAGAUUCCUCUGGAUUAUGAAACAGAAAAGCACCGAGGAUUUGCUUUUGUUGAAUUCGAGUUGGCAGAGGAUGCUGCAGCAGCCAUCGACAACAUGUCUUUUCAGAAUGAAUCUGAACUCUUUGGGCGGACAAUUCGUGUCAAUUUGGCCAAACCAAUGAGAAUUAAGGAAGGCUCUUCCAGACCAGUUUGGUCAGAUGAUGACUGGUUGAGGAAGUUUUCUGGGAAGACUCUUGAAGAGAAUAAAGAGGAAGAAGGGUCAGAGCCUCCCAAAGUGGAAACCCAGGAGGGAGAGCCUGCUGCAAAAAAGGCCCGGUCAAACCCUCAGGUGUACAUGGACAUCAAGAUUGGGAACAAGCCAGCCGGCCGCAUCCAGAUGCUCCUGCGUUCAGACGUCGUUCCCAUGACAGCAGAGAACUUCCGGUGCCUGUGCACCCACGAGAAGGGCUUUGGCUUCAAGGGCAGCAGCUUCCACCGCAUCAUCCCCCAGUUCAUGUGCCAGGGCGGCGACUUCACGAACCACAACGGCACCGGUGGCAAGUCCAUCUACGGGAAGAAGUUUGAUGACGAAAACUUCAUCCUCAAACACACGGGGCCAGGCCUGCUCUCCAUGGCCAACUCCGGCCCAAACACCAACGGCUCCCAGUUCUUCCUGACGUGUGACAAGACGGAUUGGCUGGAUGGCAAGCAUGUGGUGUUUGGGGAGGUCACGGAAGGCCUGGACGUCUUGCGGCAGAUUGAGGCCCAGGGCAGCAAGGACGGGAAGCCCAAGCAGAAGGUGAUCAUCGCCGACUGUGGGGAGUACGUGUGAUGGGCGCUGUCUCUGUGCUGCCCCUGCGUAUCCAGGAGCGUCAGCCCCAGGGAGCCAGCACCUGAGGGUGUCCCGUUUGCAGCAAGCAGGGCUUUGUGCCAGGGCCCUUCCUCGGGCCAGCGUGGGCAGCUCCUCUGCGGGCACGGCCUGGGCUCACUCUGGGCUCUUGCCCAAGUGUAGCCGUGGGCCUGGAGCUGGCACAGGCACUGCCCUCCCCACUGUGGACGGCCGUGCAUGGCCUUUCUGUGGCCUCUGUGCCAGGGCAUCUCCUGGGCCCUCGAGUGUGGCUCCUGGACACUCCUUCUGGUGAAAUAAAUCCUAGUUCUUGUUCUUCUACCUGCAGCCAGCUCCCAGGUGUUUUCAGAGGUUACAGUUGUGACUGGGCUGUGCUGCCGUGACAGACCCGAGCACCUCCCCAGGCUGGCCCUGAGGGCAGGGCAGCAGAGGUCAGCGCUGGUGCAGAAAUGCCUCUCUUUGCUCUCUCCCGCUACUGGGCAGGCGAGUUGGGUUAGCCAGGCUCCAUCCCUGCCCUCAGGCCUGUUGGUCUUGAGCAGAAGGUACUGGACUCAGUCUCAGGGCCCAUUCCCUCAUUGCUCAUUCAUUGAGUGAGUGUACGACCGCAGAGCCCUUCUUUUCCCAGGCACCGUGCUUGGUGCUGGGGAGACAAGAAAUAAGCCAGAGGUGGUUCCUACCUCCCCUCCCUGCCCCGGUCUCACCUGGAAAUCGAACUCUGGUGCCACAGUUUGUAGCUUGUGCUAGGCUGGCCUCUUGCCCUGCACCAGUGUCUGGCUAGGCAGGCCACCUCAUGGCAUCUCCCAUGGGCUGAGGCUGAGCCCCAUCCAUCACCAGAGACCUCCUCCAGCGCUGCUCUGUCUGGAUCAAGUGUCAACAUUCAGAAACUGCUGGGCUGGGCUGGGCUGGUUCUGGGUUGAGAUUGAUUGCCAGAUUGAUCCUGGCAGGGAGGGGAGAAGCCUGCUGGCCUGUGGCCCCAGUGACCCAGGCCAGCUCCUGUCAAGGGAUGGAUGCUAGCCCUUCUCUGGCAGCCUGUCUCUCUGUCUUCAGGUGGGGCUUCUCCCCUUUCCAUUGGCUGGGGUCUGCUCCUGGAACCCACUGCCUGCAGUAUUCCCAGGAGGGACCUCGAUCCUAACCUAGGUGUCCUUCUCAUUGGUGGUCAGUCCUGGCUGUCAGGAUGAGCAGGAGUGAGGCCAGGAGUAUGCCAGCCACUUAGGGCUGGUGUGACAUGCAGGAGGGAAGAGGAUGUGUGUGAGGUAUUCAGCAUGGCUGGCUCUGGAGAUGAUGUGGAAAGGAGGAGCAGGCUGGCCCGAGGCCCCAGGAGGGAUGACUGGUCACACAGCCCUGUGAAACGGGGUGAGGUUGUGGGGGACCUUGUCACUUACUGUGCUUCCCUGGUUGCACUGAGAAGGUGGGACCAGUCGACUGGCCAGGAGGCCAGUGGGCGAGAACCAUCAGACAGUGAUUGCUUGCCCUGUACUGUGCAGGGGCUUCCCCAGAAGUUACCCCACUGGGUCCACCCAUGACCCUUGUACGGGUGGUGACCUGAGCCACAGAGGUGAGGUGCCUGGUCCAGGGAUUCCAGACUAAUGGCCAGCCCAGUGACCACACAGGUGUUAUGUCUUUGACCUGAGUACCUGGCUGCCUGGCUUCCUGCUGCUGGGGGGCGGGGGGGACGGUGGCUCGAGGUGGUGGGUCAUGGGGGCCCCACACCUGCCCUCCGGGGAAGGAAUGGUGAGACCUGGUUUGUAAGUGACAAAUCUAAGGCAGAAGUCAAGGGAUGAAAUGCUACUACAAAUUAUGUUUUCAAAGAAUAUUUAAUAACAAAUUUUAAAAAUAGAUCAUAGAUUGAAUAAAUCAGAUCACCAAGCAGUGCACAGAGUGUGACCCUAACUUUGUAAAAUAUUCAUAUUUAUAUAUAAAGACAAAUAUAUAUGUGCCAAGGAAAAAA